AGCRCCCCCUGGUGGCGGUCACUUGCAUCGCGCCGGGAACAAACCCUCGUCCUGCUGCGGAAGGAGCGUCGUUGUGCUGGAGGCACGGGGCAUCCUGACCCUUACCUGCUCCACACGCUCAUGCCUGCCGACCACAGCUGCUCAUUGACGAACGAUCCGAGGGAUUAAAGGACUGUAAUCAUGGCGAAGCACCGUCCGGACAGAGACAGCUGGGGUGAGUGGUCUCUGAGUGACAAAAAUGUCUACGACUGGAGCUCGGAGGACGAGGAGCCGGACGGACGAGCCAGGCCCGUCCAGGUGCUCCUGGUCAAAGACGACCACACGUUCGAGCUGAACGAGGCGGCGCUGAGCCGGAUCCUGCUGUCUGAGAAGGUCAGGGAGCGGGAGGUGGUGGCCAUCUCUGUGGCGGGGGCGUUCCGGAAGGGCAAGUCCUUCCUCAUGGACUUCAUGCUGCGCUACAUGUACAAUCAUGCGUCUGAAGACUGGCUCGGAGAUGCUAACGAGCCUCUGACUGGAUUUUCCUGGAGGGGAGGCUCAGAGAGGGAGACCACUGGAAUCCAGAUCUGGAGUGAGGUGUUUCUGGUGGACAAACCAGACGGCAGAAAGGUGGCUGUGCUGCUGAUGGACACUCAGGGAACGUUUGACAGCCAGUCGACUCUGAGGGAUUCAGCCACAGUGUUUGCUCUGAGCACCAUGAUCAGCUCCAUGCAGGUGUAUAACAUUUCACAGAACAUACAAGAAGAUGAUCUUCAGCACCUACAGCUUUUUACUGAGUAUGGAAGACUAGCAAUGGAAGAGACUUUUCUCAAACCCUUUCAGUCCAUGAUUUUCCUGGUUCGAGAUUGGAGUUUUCCCUACGAGUUUCCCUAUGGACAAGAAGGUGGCAUGAAGUUCCUUGAAAAGAGACUGAAGAUCUCAGAAAACCAACACGAAGAGCUGCAGAAUGUCCGUAAACACAUCCACUCCUGCUUCACCAACAUCUCCUGCUUCCUGAUGCCCCACCCUGGACUUAAAGUGGCCACCAACCCCAACUUUGAUGGAAGACUCAGAGAGAUUGAUGUUGAGUUCACAAACAACCUGAAGGUUCUGGUCCCCUGGCUCCUCAGUCCUCGGAACAUCGACGUGAAGGAGAUCAACGGCAGUAAAAUCACCUGCAGAGGCCUGGUGGAGUACUUCAAGGCGUACAUCAAAAUCUACCAAGGUGAGGAGCUGCCACAUCCUAAAUCAAUGCUACAGGCCACAGCAGAGGCCAAUAACUUAGCAGCUGUCGCAGCAGCAAAAGAUCUGUACAACCGAAAAAUGGAGGAGGUCUGCGGAGGGGAUCGCCCCUUCCUGGCCCCCAGCGAGCUGCAGGCCCGACACGGCGCCAUCAGAGAGGAGGCCCUGCAGCUGUUUCGGGGGGUGAAGAAGAUGGGAGGCGAGGAGUUCAGCCGGCGCUACCUGCAGCAGCUGGAGGGCGAGGUCGACGAGGUKUUCGUCCAGUACAUCAAGCACAACGACUCCAAGAACAUUUUCCACGCGGCGCGCACGCCCGCCACGCUCUUCGUGGUCAUCUUCGUCAUGUACGUGGCAGCUGGGAUCACGGGCUUCGUGGGCGUGGACAUCAUCGCCAGCUUAUGUAACAUGAUCCUGGGCCUGGCGCUGAUCACCCUCUGCACCUGGGCCUACAUCCGCUACUCUGGGGAGUACAGAGAACUCGGGGCCGUCAUUGAUCAGGUGGCUGGUGCUCUGUGGGACCAGGGUAGCACAAAUGAGGUGAGUGCUCUGUAYAAGCUGUAUAAUGUAGCGGCCAACCACAGGCACCUGUACCACCACGCCUUCCCCGGGCCUCAGGUGGGCGAGGCAGCUGAGGAAGAGCGGGACAAAAAGAGAGACUGAGACAAAGACCGAGUCCAGCAGGGAGACAUGUCCUCGGGGUGGACGAGGGAGGGACACUCGUACUCUGACCUGUAACCACUUGUAUAAUAUUCAUGCAUCGAUGAGGUCAGAAGCCCCUCCUCAGUGGGCGGAGUCUGCAGACACCUGUGUACAGAUACUUCUCACUGCAGUCAGCUGUUUGCAGAAUAUCACACAGUUUCUCAGUCAUCUGUUGCAGACAAUUUUUUUCAAACUAUAUCCAAAUGUGUAAAACUCCACAUUCGUGACGAUUGUUCUGUUCUUUGAAGUUUAGUGCUGUUUCUAACAAACAUCAAUGUCCUGUAGAAUGUUGUGUGUUAAAUAAUGAAGCAGCAGCACCUGCAUGGUAAAUAAUGUCUCAUCUUCAAGCUCAGCUACUGUUUAUUUAAAACAUAUUUUAAUGGUUGUACAAGGUGCCAUAAAAUGUAGAAUAAUUUUGGCCACAUGAACUCGAUAUGCUGCAGAUUAUUUAUUUGUUUUGGGUGGGCUUAUUUAAAUCUCAGUGCGAGCAGCUCCAUGUUGAAAUGGUCAAAGAUCACCCCACAGAUCUCUCCGUCUCCAGCUUUGUAAUUACGCAGUGGUUCUGUUGAGCUGUCGGGUCUUUGAGGUGGAGGGGGCGUGGCCAGCGGUUCUCUUGUUGUGCUUCUCACCGAACCUUUGGGUGAACCCAUGGAAUGUAGCCGUUUCUGUGGCGGCUGCGGGAGCAGAGCUGCAACGUUUGUGGGCGUGGCCACAGGGGGAAGAAUCCUCACUCCAGAACUGUUUCAUCAUGUGGACACAUGGAACCAGAAUCAUCGUGGACCUGAAGGAGUCGGCAGGUUUCUGGUGGAGGACUUAGCAGCGCUGCAGUCUUCCACAUCAGUGACGCUUUCAAAUAUUUUACUCCACUUUCUGUCCAGGAGCCACUUCCUGUGGCGUGUUUUAGAUUUCAUCCAUUCACUGGUCAGAAAAGGAUUUGUUAACGUUGUGUAGCAAACUUUUGUUUUAGGGAAAAAGGGGGGAAAUGACUGAUUUCUUCUUUUCUCAACCUGUAAAAUCCUCUGAAGGUGAAACAAACCAACGUUUCUGUCCUCUGCUUUGCUUCAAAUCACUCAAAGGAAAAAAAAUAAAGUUGGACCAAAUUAUUGAAA